AGCAAUCGGAAUCUGUACAUGACGCAAGCUCAUCAAGAUCAAACGUGAUGAAGGCGCUGACGCGUUCAGUGUGCCAUCUGCAUUUAAAAAGGACAUCCAACGUUUAUCAAAUAGUCUUGAUUCGUCGCUCUAGCACCUUCUAACACUCACCGAGCUCAAUUGUAUCCCAGCAGAAGUUCGUCAUCGGGACAGUUCAUCAUGCCAAUCACAGAAUUCGCAUCCCUCUCAUUGAUCCCCCCCAAUAAACUCUCCGACCCGCAUGUAGUAGAUCUUUUCUCCAAAGUUUCUUCCUGGCAAGCAUCCUCUUCGGGUUACCCGUUAUGCUUCUUCACAAAUCCGGAGGAGCCUGCUGAGAUCCACCUCAUCACUGGAUGGGACGACGUGCGCGCACAUGAAAGAUGGAUAGCAAGUUCCAGAAAUCAGGAGCUUCUUCAAACUGCGGAGGGGUUUCUCAACAUCAUUGGAAUGGUUCAUUUGGACCUGGAUUUCAAUGCAUUCCCGGUGGGAGCAGAGUCACUGGUUUGCGUGAGGUCCGCUGGAGGCGCGAAGGGUGCCUCAGAGGAGGCCAAAUCAAAUAGCGUGGCGUCCAUGCAGUGUGGUUGGAUUGGAGGACGUUGGUAGAAAUGAGGAUGUGAAGACGCGUUUGAAGAGGGUGGAGUUCACUUAAUACAAAUUUCUCAUCCUCCUCCGAGUUAUUAUCUGUACAUUCUAUGGCGACGAAUGUAAAAUUGAUAAAGUUGUUGUGAAUGUCCGUUUAAAGGGAC